UUCUUCUUCCACAUCUAUUCCCAAUAUGACCCGUUUCAGAGGCUGUAUCGAUAUCCAUGCUGGUCAAGUGAAACAAAUCGUCGGUGGCACUCUUACUCAAGAUGAUACCUCCAAUGACGGCUCAGACACAACCACGGAAAACUUUGUAUCUACCAAACCGUCAUCUUAUUAUGCAGACCUCUACAAGAAACAUGGCAUAUCUGGAUGUCAUGUCAUCAAACUUGGCACCAACCAGGCCAACGAUGACGCCGCUAGAGCCGCGUGUUCGGCCUGGCCCCAUGCCUUGCAAGUGGGUGGAGGAAUCACCAACGCUAAUGCCCUUGAAUGGCUAGACACUUAUCAUGCCGCUCAAGUCAUUGUCACGAGUUGGCUCUUCACCAAUGAACAAUUCGAUUGGUCCAAAUUGAAGCAAAUCUCAAACCUUGUCGGGAAGGAAAGACUUGUGGUGGAUUUGAGUUGUAGAGAAGUCAAGGAAGAUGGUAAUGGAACUACCAGUUGGGUGGUGGCAAUCAACAAAUGGCAAACUCUCACCACCAACGUCUUGAGUGCCUCAUUCCUUGCUGAAGUUUCCCAAUACUGCAGUGAGUUCCUCAUCCAUGCAGCAGAUGUUGAGGGUCUCUGUAGAGGAAUAGACGCCAAUCUUGUUGAGAAGCUAGGUGAAUGGUGUCCCGCUGGAUUUGAAGGUAAGAUUGUCUAUGCUGGUGGAGCCAAGCUGGUGGACGAUUUGGCCACCGUUUCCCGUUUGAGUCAUGGGAAGGUUGAUUUGACUUUUGGAAGUGCCUUGGACAUUUUCGGCGGGAAAUUGGUCAAAUUUGACGAUGUUGUAGCCUGGAAGAAUUAAGAAAUCUGGACGAUCCUGCCAGUCAGUGACUGUCCCACUUGUGUAUAAAAGUAUAGCAUGUAUCAAUAGAG